UAUAAAAAAGCAGCGACAACAGAAGCAGGUCAACAACAUCGAUUAGAGGCAUUUAAAAAGCCGGCAGGUCUGCAGACUGUGGAGCUACAACCUCACACGUUAAUGCGGAAACACUGCUGGAGCCGGUGACACUUCGCUCACCUGCUAACUCUGUUUAUUCCUGCAGCUUUGUUGACAUAAACAAGCGAACUUACAAACAGUAACUGUCGGUAAUAACGAGCUAUGGCGGUUAAUAAAGCCAAAGUCGCGAUUGGGUUCAUAGUCGCAGGUGUCCUCACGGUGUUCUUCGGGACUGCUCUUACCUUUGUGGGACCGAUAAUCAUCGACGACCAGAUAGUGAAGAACACAGUGAUCGACCCAAAGAAUGAGAUGUCCUACACCAUGUGGAAGGACGUCCCCGUGCCGUUCUUCAUGUCCGUCUACUUCUUCCAUGUCCUCAACCCGAAGGAGAUCCUGAACGGGGAGAAGCCAAUGGUGGAGCAGAGAGGACCUUACGUGUACAGGAAACGCAUCCAGAAAGACAACAUCACAUUUCAUCCCAACAACACGGUGUCCUACAGGGAAUACAGAAGAUACUACUUUGAGCCAUCCAUGUCUUCAGGGAACGAGUCCGAUGUUGUCACGAUUCCAAACAUGUUAGUCCUGGGUGCAGCAGUGAUGAUGGAAAAACUGCCCUUCGCUGUGCGUUUAAUGAUCAGCGCCACGUUCAAGACUUUCAAAGAAGGGCCCUUCCUGACUAAGACAGUAGAGGAGCUGAUGUGGGGUUACGACAGCGGACUGGUUGAUUUCCUCAAUAAAUACCUGCCCGGCAUGCUGCCCUCAUCGGGAAAGUUUGGCCUCUUUGCUGAAUUCAACAACUCCAACACUGGUCUGUUCACCAUCUUCACCGGACAAGACGACAUCAGGAACGUCCAUAAAGUGGACUCCUGGAACGGCCUGACACAGCUGAACUACUGGCGGACUCCUCAGUGUAACAUGAUCAACGGAACAGCUGGACAGAUGUGGCCUCCUUUCAUGACCAAAGAGAGCACUUUACCUUUCUACAGCCCAGACGCCUGCAGAUCUAUGGAGCUUGUUUACCAGCGUCCUGGCAAGUUGAAGGGGAUCCCUCUGUAUCGAUUUGUUGCACCCAAAACCCUCUUCGCCAAUGGGACGGACUACGCUCCCAAUGAAGGCUUCUGCCCCUGUAGACAGUCGGGUCUGCUGAAUGUCAGCAGCUGCCGCCACAACUCUCCAGUCUUCAUCUCUCAUCCUCACUUCUUUAAUGCUGACCCUGUACUGCUGGACUACGUGCAGGGCCUUAAUCCAAAUGAGGACGAGCAUGGCCUCUUCAUAGACAUUCACCCACAAACUGGUGUCCCACUGAACGUGUCCAUCCGUCUGCAGCUCAACCUCUACAUGAAGAGAGUGUCAGGAAUUACAGAAACUGGCAAGAUUUCUGAGGUGGUGAUGCCAAUGAUCUGGUUUGAGGAGAGCGGCUACAUAGACGGCCCCAUCCUCAACACGUUCCACACGAACCUGGUGAUUCUACCUGCCGUGAUGGAGUUCAUGCAGUAUGGCUUCAUCGCCCUCGGCCUGGCGACGAUAAUAAUCGCCGCCCUGGUUUAUCACAGAGCGAAGGCCUCUGAUAAAGACCUGGUAAAAGGUUCACAUGUCCACGACACAAAGGAGAAAAGUAUCACGUAUAAUUCAGGUAGGUGAAAGAAUACACACAUAUAUAAAUGCACUCAUUCCUUGUGUUCAAGCUGCAGAGCUGAGGGAGUUUUUCUGCUUAACAUGCAGAAAUCAAAUGUGUUGUGGACCCAAAUGCAGUGACGUCCCCAUUUGACAAUGUGGAUGAUUCCAUUUUUACAUCUUACGCAGCUUUAAUUUUUGUUUUCACACCACAUUUAAAUAUCGGUUUAUGAGUUCAUGUUUUAAAAAUGGUUUACAUAAUUUUGUGUACUGAAGUUUAAAGAUCAUCUCCAGACAUGUAUCAAGACAUACUGUAUAUUUGAAUAGAAUAUGUGAAUAUGGAGAAGUCUUUAAAGAAGAAAAAGCUUUUUCUGAGUGGCGGUGGACUUUAAUGAAUGCAUAAUAAUGUUCAAAUGUUUUCUUUACUAAACUUUCUGAAACCAGGUUUCUUCAGAUACCGGAUCAUGUUCAGGAUGCUAGUGUGCAUGUAAACAUGUGAAAUAAUGUGAAAUGUUUUCUGUGAAUAAGCUGCAAACCGCCUCGUGGCUGAUGGAUGAUGAUGAUGAAGACUUAAUUUUGCGAUAUCUUCUGAACGCUUCCUAACAGCUUCUCUCUUCCUGUCCUCAAACAGAGUAAAUGUGACGACAACGCCACAUCAGAUGGAAGCACUUCAAUUGAAGAGAAAGACCCUCUAUUAGAAGAUGAUAUGGACUGACACGCACACACGCACACACACGGCACGCACACGCAC